UACCGGCGUACACUCGAAUCUCACAGCGCUGCGCUGCCUCCACUGCCAGCGCGGCCAGCUGGCAUGGUGUUGCGUGGAACUUGAGGCAAGAAAGUUGGAAAGUCGCUGGCGCUUCUGUGGCGCACAGCCUUUGCAAGGCGCUUGCAGGAAUGGGUCUGGCAGCCAGCUUCACAGUUGCCUAAGGUCAAUGGUGUCAUCCUGAGGCGGAGAGCUCUCUGCAGCGCCUGCGGGUUCUGAAUCUCCAUUCUCUGUUUGUUUCGAGCUGUCGCAAUGGUGAACACGCAGCUGGCCUCCGCCCUGGGCCUGUCCCUCCCUGUGUUCCACUACUUGGUCUGCUUCCUAAGCACGAUCCCGGUUGCCUUCUUCCACCGCUUUGUCCCCACAGUGGCUGGUCGGCACCUCUAUGCAUUUGCAGGCGGGGCCAUUCUUACCUACCUCUGCUUUGGCAAUGAGGUGGUUUACCUCUACAUCCCGGUCGUGAUGGCAUACCUGAGCAUGGUUCUGUACAGGAAGAAGGCAGGGACGAUCACGUUCUUCCUCACGUUUGCCUUCCUCAUCUACUGCCAUGUCACUUACAUGAGCGGUGACUCCUGGAAGAAAGGGAACAUCGACUUCACAGGUGCUCUUAUGAUCCUGUCCUUGAAGGUCAUCUCCGCCGCUGUAAACUACCAAGACGGGAUGCUACCAGAGAGCGACCUGCGCCCCACUCAGAAGAAGUUCCGCCUGACCCGCCUCCCUACCUCCCUCGAGUUCCUGGGUUUCAUCUUCUCAGACGCAACGCUCCUCGCGGGGCCUCCCUUUGAGAUGGCGGACUACCUGGCAUACACAGAGAGGAAACGGGAAUGGAGCCUCGACAAGAAAUCGUGGCCGUCUCCAUACAAGGCCUGCGGUUUGGCACUUGUCAAGACGGCCGUUUCCAUGGCUAUCUAUCAGUACCUCACGCCCAUCGCCCCAAUCAGCUACUUCGCCUCUCCUGACUACGCCAACUCGUCCUUCUUAAAAAGGCUGUGGUUCCAGUACCUGGUGGGCCUGGUCACCCGGUGGAAGUACUACUUCAUCUGGUCCAUCUCCGAGUGCGCGCUCAUCCUCUCGGGCCAGGGCUUCUCCGGCUACGACGAACAGAAACGAGCCACGUGGACCAUGGCGAAGAAUGCGGACAUCCUGAAGGUGGAGCUGGCAGAGAGUGCGGUCACAUUGCCGCACUACUGGAACAUCCAAGUCGGGAACUGGCUUCGAUUGUACGUUUACGAUCGGCUAACGAGGAAGGGGCGAAAGGCGGGCUUCCAGGAGCUGCUGGCCACCCAGGCGACCAGCGCAAUCUGGCACGGGCUGUACCCGGGGUACAUGUGCUUCUUCGUCAACAGCGCGAUCAUGAUUUCGGGAUCCAGAAUUCUUCACAAGUACUUCCUCGCCGUGAAAGCCGCAGUCCCUAGCGCCUGGCCCGUCACAUACUUCUUGCACUGGUUCUAUUCUGCGCUGGCAAACAACUAUGCCUGCAGCGGCUUCGUGCUUCUAUCGUUCCGGGAUACGAUCGCCGCCUACCGGUCGGUGUACUUCAUAGGCACAGUCGUACCAAUCAUAGUUGUUCUCUUGGGCAAGGCUUUCCCUCCGCCGCGGACCCGAUCGAAAGAUACCGCACCUACAAAAGUGAAGGAAGAGGCCGCCGAAACGGCACCUAAGAAGGAGUUGUAGACUCGGACGAUAAUCAUGGGGAUUCUGUCACGGGUAUCAUGCUUUAGACGCGUUUUGACUGAUUAUGUUCUAUCUAGACACGGGUUUAGAACAAAUAAACAUGUGCCAGGGGGUAAGCCUGACUGAAAACAUUGGUGAUUGCCAUGCCCCGCUGAGAGUGUUGUGCUUGGCUGCGGUUGCGGCUAUGGCUUGCGCGGCAAGGUUUUUGACGGUCCAUGAUCUGGAUCUAUAAACAGAACAAUCAAUAUGGUGUG